UGCCCGUGUUCGUUCCAGCUGACUCUUGCUAUGAUACCGAGCGCUCGCUUUACCGAGUGUGCCCGGAGAAAGAAAGAAAGAGGUUGCGGAGGUUAGCUACAAAAAAAUAAAGAGAAAGCAACAAAGAGGGCAGCGGAAUAAUGACAGCCGUCCGUCCAAACCGCGAUAGCUCACAUUAAAGUAUUAUACAUGUUUUUAUUUUUAUUUGCAAACAUUUUUGAGUUUUUCAAGGUCUGUCUAUUCGAUUUAUUCUGAGUUUAUACUUCACUCAAAGUGUCCUGCAAGACUGCGAAGGACUGAAUUUUAUUUUUGCCUCCAUGGACGCCCGUCUCAUUCAGCUCAUUCGCUUUUUCGGGGAAUAUUUCUGUCCUGGCCGCGAGGAGCUCCAGAUGAGCGCGAUAUUGACAUACGUCAACAAAUAAGCGGUGAUUCCACGGAAGAUCAGAGCCGUUCUAAUAGAACGCGAAACCAUUGUCGCAAUAAUUCUUUGAAGGGAGCCAAGAGGAUGUUUAGAGGGUGAAGUAAAACUCCCAGCAGCUACUCACUUCAGUCAGUGGACUAUACAGGACGUCAGUUCACUUCACUAAUGGGUACGAAUUAGGAGAAGCACCUUUAAGACGAAUUUUAAACGCUCAUAAACUUCGAUAUACAUCCUUAUUGCAUUUGCUCAAACAGUUCUUUAGUACAUUUCUGCCUCUGGUUGGAAAAUUUUUACAGUCAACUGUCUAGUGAUCUCAAAAGUUAUUAACUGGUCGAAGCUGGACUAGGUGUACACCAAGGAAUGUCCAGGCCAAUUUCUCAGCUAUUGCCACCCGACCUUCCAGCAGGGACCAGUCCGCAACUUGGACCUGCAAACCCUGCAGGUACCACCACCAAUGGCCACCUGAACAAUUCCAUGGCCAGUCUGAAAUCCAUUCUUCAGCUGCCCAUUAAAGCGGACCACAGAGGGAAAAACUGCUGUGAAAUGAAAGAUAAAGACAAACCUCUGGAUUCUGAUGAGGAUUCAUUGGGCGGAGUAGGAGGCAUGAAUGGAGGCAACGGCUCCCUGCGCCCCACCAACCAGUCCGCCUUCCUUGGACCAUUGCUUUGGGAGCGCUCGUUGCCAUGCGACGGCGGCCUGUUCCAGCUACAGUAUAUGGACCUAGAGGAAUUCUUGACGGAGAACGGGAUGGGGUGCAUGCCUUCGGGAAACACUUGCAGUACUGCCGCUCAGGUCCCUUCCCAGAGCACGCAGUCGGCCGUUCCCAGCCAGAGCUCUCAGUGCCCCCCAUCUUCCUCUCCACCAUGCUCUUCAUCUGCCUCCUCCAUCUCUUCCCUGUCCUCUUCAUCUUCAUCAUCCUCUUUGCUGGGUUUGGAUGUGCCGCAGGCCCCUGGAUUGUUGGGAGGUCCAGAGUGUCUGCAUGGAGCUCAAACUGUACCACCUGAUCCUUCUCCAAGCCCUUCCUGCCCACCUCCGCCAGUGGUGCCACCAACCAAUGUGGCUGAUGUCAUGGUGAACUUUGAUCCUGACCCUGCUGACCUCGCCUUGUCUAGUGUGCCAGGUCAAGAGGCUUUUGACCCACGCAGGCAUCACUUCACAGAUGAUGAGCUGAAGCCUCAGCCCAUGAUCAAGAAGGCCCGCAAGAUGCUGGUGCCAGAUGAACAGAAGGACGAUAAAUACUGGAAUCGGCGCUAUAAGAACAAUGAAGCAGCAAAGCGCUCUCGCGAUGCCCGCCGGCUGAAAGAAAACCAGAUUUCUGUCCGAGCAGCUUUCUUGGAACGGGAGAACGCCGCCCUCCGACAGGAAGUCGCUGAUAUGCGAAAAGAACUGGGCCGCUGUCGCAACAUCAUCAACAAAUUCGAGAGUCGCCAUGGAGACUUAUGAAAAGGAGAGAAGGAGAAUAUAAGCAGAGACACUAAAUGAACAAUUUUGAAUUAGCGUUUCAAGGGCUUUGCAGCUCAGCUUGGAAUGGCAUUUUCUCUCAGUGUUUGCUUCAAAUAAGCACUACGAUACUCUAUUCACAGAUUUACGUUUCUUCGUAAGUGCAGGGAUCGGUUGAAUUAGGUGAUGUGGUGCUUGGUUGAAUCAAAAACUUGAAAAUUGUGAGUUAAGUUAAACAGCCCCAGUGUAUGGAUGUCCAGAAGGUCUACAUGUAAGCACAAGCGUUUUCAUAAGCUUCACGUGUUCUUUUACGAUACAAACCUGAACCCUGACUGUGGAUGUGCAAUCUCUCAUAAAUACUCACAGAUAAUAAACACAGAUGAUGUAUAAUGUCACAUAGCCCUUGUGAACAUCCUCUUUCUAUUCAAGAUGAUUUUCUCAGAAAGAGAAUUAUAUAGAAGGUGGUAGAGAUGUAAUUUUUUCUAUGACAAAAACAUUGUAUAUUUUUGAACUGUUAGGGGCAGCCAUCAUAGAAUAGAAGAAGAGGAAAUGUGGAUGGUAACGAGAGAGUGAAGAGAUUUUGACAAAGGAAAACUGUAUAUUUUUAUAUUCGCAAAGGCAGAAAGUUGAUGAGAUUUUGGAAAUAAUCUUUUUUGUAUAUUUUAUAUAUGGGUGGGAGGGGCUACGGGGAGCUGAAUUGAAAGAGGGCUAUAUGAAGAAGUUUGUUAAAAGUCAGGAUCGCUAUCAUUAAUGAUACAUUUUCGACAUCAGCAGCAGUGAGGCAGGUCAGGAAGAACAUGACCAAAAGGGACAAAUGUCAAUAAGAGUCAAGGAAAGGAACGGAGAUGUGAACUGGGACAGAGAAAAAUAGGAAACAUGAAAACUGUAUAGUUUAACAAUUUUGUUCAAGCACUUUUUUUUCAUUACUUAUCUUUGAUUCCUUUUCUUAAAAUUCAGUGUGUGUUUGUUUUAUCCUGAGGUGUGUGUUGGAAGAGAGAAAGAGAGAGUGAAAACAUUGAAAGAGCUUUGCUUUGAAAAGGCUUUGUUCAGACUGCACAUAAAUAGGAUUUGUUUUGCAAGUGAUGAAAUCGGAUCCGCUUGUUCAGAGAGUUUAGUCAAUUUACAGUAUAUCUGCUGUACAUCGGUUGCCAUAGGAAUGACUUAAGCAUCAACAGGACACCAAGACACAUAAGGUUUCCAUUUAUGACAUCUCUCCAUGGUGCCAAUGUCAUCCACAUCAGUCAACACAAGCAUCAAUUACAUAGUGAAUGCCACAUGUGAGCAUGUUUGAGUGAAUUCAUACACAGCAUUUGACACACUGCUGUGCUUUGUGUUUGAUGCUGUGUUGCACGUCAUAUCCUAAGUGAUGAAAAAAAACUACACGAAAUCCGAUCUGACCAUUCAGAUUGAACUGUACAAAUCAGAUUUCUAACCACAUAUGGAUGUGGUUUGGCAACAUGAUCACACAGGAAGUGUUUCAGUACCCUGCCAUUGACACUAUUCUGACAAAUAUCUGGCAUCACCUCCUAUCAGACAUCUUUGCAUCUAUUCAAAUGUGUUUAAAUUUCCUGUGAUGCUACUGUGAGCGUGUUACAUUAGCAAUCUCAGAGACACAGGUUCUGGUCUUGUGAGAACCAGGAAGUAAUUGCUUUCGCAUAAUCAAUGAUAACUGCGAUUCUAAGAUUGGGUUGGUGUUUGGGUUACACCGAUUGAUUCAUCAAAUAUUCAGACCCACUUUAUAUUAGGUGGCCUUAACAACUAUGACCUUGACCAUUUGAUACAAUGUGCUUAUUAUGUACAUACAUGUUGUUGCAUUGUUAUUAUAUUUAAAGUACUUGCAUAUAAUUACAUUUGUAGUUACACUGGUAACUCUACACCUAACCCAACCCUUACACCAAAACCUAACUCCUAACCCUAACCUUACUCCUAAACCUACCCGUGCCUCAACCUCAGUAGCAGCAAAUGUGGACAUUUUACAGAACAACAUAUAGUUACAGAGUAAAUACAUAGUCUUGUAAGGCCACCUAAUAUAAAAUGUGACCAAAUAUGCAUUCCUGUUGACUGUAUUUUGUAAUUUACAAGUCGCUAUUGCCGUCACUCUGUGGACAUUUCACCCGGAAGCUGGAGCUCACACGUGAUUAUAUGGUCAAAACACUUCCAGCUUUGGCCACUGGGGGCAGUGGUUCGAUUUUCGGUAAGCACAGACCGAUUUCAUCUAAAGAACUUAUGACCUACUGUUGCUGAAUUCACAGUGAUGUUAGUGGUGGUUUGGAUCAGGUUUGUAAAUAUGCAUUUGUGUCGGAUAUGCCAAAAAAUCUGAUUUUUGCUGCCAGUCUGAACAAAGCCAAGGAUGGGUAGUUUCUAUAAAUGUGUACAUGAUUUUUUAAUGUACAGUGUAUAUUUAAAUGUUAAUACAAAAAUGUUGACACACAGAUAUAAAAAAAAACUGCAUCUGGGUUUUCAUGUCCAUUCACACGUAUGCACAGAAGUAUGACUUUCACAUGAACUGAAAUCACAACAGCAAUAUUCUUUCUCUCGGUUUCUACAUCUCUUUCACUCUUCCUCAAGAUUUUGAUGUUGGGAACUGCAUUGGUGCUGGUGUGGCUUCGGGAAUUUUGCAUGCUGGCGCAUACUUGCAUAUUUUGUCAAUGCAGGAAAACAGUUGGCGUUUUAUAUGGUGCUCACCCAGUCUCUUGACCCAAACACCCAUAACCCAACACAGUUAUAACCUGUUUGCCAAUAACCCUUCUCCUUUUAGUUUCUUAUUAUUGAUCAUUGUCUGAGGAAUCGUG